AUGGGUGCGCCGGAGAAAUCACAGGCCAAUACCAAUUCGAUGCAGCGUGUUAAGGUCUAUCGUUUGAAUGAAGAUGGAAAAUGGGAUGAUCAGGGAACAGGCCAUGUUACGGUUGACUAUAUGGAGAGAUCAGAAGAGCUGGGUUUAUUUGUUAUUGAUGAAGAAGAUAAUGAGACAUUACUUCUGCAUCGUAUCAGUUCGGAUGAUAUCUACAGAAAGCAAGAAGAUACAAUUAUCUCAUGGAGGGAUCCAGAAUAUUCUACGGAAUUAGCUCUCAGCUUUCAGGAGUCUACUGGCUGCUCUUACAUAUGGGACCACAUAUGCAGUGUCCAAAGGAAUUUACAUUUUAAUUCUCUUAACAAUGAGACAUUUCACAGUGCAAACAGUGAGUUAAGGGAGCUACCUGUGGUUGAGCUAUCGACACUUCCUUUAAUCCUGAAGACUGUAGCUGAGAGUGGCAUUGCUGAUCAGAUGCGAUUGACAGAACUGAUAUUGACUGAUCAAGAGUUUUUCCGAAAGCUCAUGGGCCUAUUUAGAAUCUGUGAAGACUUGGAAAAUGUUGAUGGUCUUCACAUGAUAUACAAAAUAGUAAGGGGGAUCAUUCUGCUGAAUAGUCCUCAGAUCUUUGAGAAAAUAUUUGGUGAUGAUUUAAUCAUGGAUGUCAUUGGUUCCCUUGAAUAUGACCCUGAAGUACCUCAUGUCCAACACCAUCGUAACUUUCUAAAAGAGCAUGUUGUUUUUAAGGAGGCCAUACCAAUUAAAGAUCAUAUGGUUCUGUCAAAGAUACACCAGACGUAUAAAGUUGGAUAUUUAAAGGAUGUUGUUUUGGCUAGAGUACUGGAUGAGGCCACGGUUGGAAAUCUCAAUUCCAUAAUUCAUGCAAACAAUGCUAUUGUUGUUUCUUUGCUAAAGGACGACAGUACCUUUAUUCAGGAAUUGUUUGCUAGGUUAAGGUCACCGUCCACCUCUGCAGAAUCUAAAAGGAACUUGGUAUAUUUCUUGCAUGAGUUUUGUAGUUUAAGCAAAAGCCUGCCAAUGGUCCAGCAGCUCCGCCUGUUUAGGGAUCUCAUGAAUGAAGGAAUCUUUGACAUUGUAACCGAUGCUUUGCAGAGUCAAGAUAAAAAGCUUGUACUAACUGGGACAGAUAUCCUCAAUCUUUUCAUGAAUCAGGAUCCAAACCUUCUUCGUUCAUAUGUUGUUCGUCAGGAAGGAAUACCACUUCUAGGACUCUUGGUUAAAGGAAUGAUUACAGAUUUUGGGGAAGACAUGCACUGUCAGUUUCUUGAAAUUCUUCGUAGUCUACUAGAUUCAUACACAUUGUCAGGAGCUCAGAGAGAUGCAAUUAUUGAGAUUUUCUAUGAGAAGCAUCUGGGUCAGUUAAUUGAUGUUAUAACAGCGUCAUGUCCUUUGGAAGGCAAUGCUCAAUCAAUUGAUCAAAAUGUCGCAAAGCCUGAAAUACUGUCAAACAUAUGUGAAUUGCUCUGCUUUUGUGUUCUUCACCAUCCAUACAGAAUAAAGUGUAACUUUCUUCUUAAUAACGUCAUAGAUAAAGUUUUGUUGGUAACACAAAGAAGGGAAAAGUAUCUAGUUGUUGCUGCAGUUCGAUUUGUUCGCACUAUUCUAUCCCGUCAUGAUGAGCAUCUGAUAAAUCAUAUUGUUAAGAACAACCUUCUCAAGCCGAUUGUAGGUGCAUUUGUUGGUAAUGGAAAUCGAUAUAACCUGCUCAACUCUGCUGUUUUAGAACUUUUUGAGUUCAUUCGGAAGGAAAAUCUGAAAGCAUUGGUCAAAUACUUGGUUGAUUCAUUCUGGGAUCAGUUGGUCAAAUUUGAGUAUUUUGCGUCCGUUCAAGCACUAAAAGUAAAAUAUGAGCAGUGCCUAGAAAGUUUUGGACCAAAAGGAAGCACCAAUGUGUCAGACCCUAGAAAACGAACUGAUGAGCGUGCUUUGGAGAAAGAAGAAGAAGAUUAUUUUAAUGAGGACAGUGAUGAAGAAGAUACAGCAUCUGCAUCCAUGCCAAACACCCAAAAAGUACAGGCACAACCUCAGCCUGUAUUAUCCAAUGGUGUUGCUGCAAACCAUCCACCAUCCAGUCCAAGGUCUGUCGGGCUGGUAGAUUAUGAUGAUGAUGAGGAUGACGAAGACUACAAGCCACCGCCCAGGAAACAUCCCGAAACCUCCGAUGAAGAUGAAGGAACAAUGGAGUCCCUUAGGUUGAAGCGGAAAUUGGCUUCUAAGGAUAGGGAGCCUGAGCUUGCAAAGAGGCAACGGUUAGGUAAAAACUCCAAGCCAAAAGAAAGUGUGUUUGCUGCUUUGUGUACAACUCUAAGCCAGGCAGUGCUACCGAAUAAGAAGACUGCAAGCAACAUGCAUACAACUCACACAGCUGAUGGGGUCAGCAACUCAGGUGAAGGGAAAAAUCAAGAAAAUGAGCAUGCUGUUUCUAGGAGCUGUGCUGAUAGCAACAAUUCAGAGGAUGAGGAUAAUAGAGAGAAGGAGCCUGCCACUUCUAGAGGCUGCUCUGAUCGCUUGCAUGGCACAUCAGAGAAUAGACAGUUGGGUGGAGAGGAUUGCCCAUUGAUACCACCGAAAUCCUCACCAGAAAUGGCUGUAAAUGGAUCCUGA